AUGAUCGGCAGACAGUCGGCCGCCAAGGGCAGUGACGAAGAUUGGACUACUGCUCUGGCUCUUCUGGGGCCAUCCGGAGCCCAAGCGAGCAAACUACCGGCCCAGGCCCAAGUCAUCAAUCAGAAAGCCUUCAAUGUGCUCAACAACACCCAACCGCCCGCGGUGUUCAAUGCCGACAAUAUCUUCGUUCCUCCCGGCUAUACUGAGCAGGAUCUGACGGAACGUCCUUUCCACGUGUACGAUGAGGAGUUUUUGAAGAUUAUUGGGAAGGGCCCGACUUUGACACGAAUCGCACACUCGCCAAAAGACCCAUUGUAUCACGAGGCUGUGGUCUGGUCGAAAAAAACAGAUGAAGUCUUCUUUGUCCAAAAUGCUGGUGCCAAAGCCUCCGGCACCGGGCUCAACAAAUCGGCCAUCAUUGAGAAAAUCUCCCUCUCCGAGGCCGCGGCAUACUCCAACCAAAGUGAUGCCUCCGGUCGUGUCAAGGUGUCCACUGUCCCCUCAUCUCCUAUGGUCAUCAACCCGAAUGGUGCCACCAACUACCGCGGCGAGAUUGUUUUCGCCGGAGAGGGUCAGGGGAACAGCUCACCUCCUGCAUUGUGGGUGAUGAAUCCGCAAAGUCCCUACAACACGACUGUCCUUCUGAACAACUUCUUUGGACGUCAAUUUAACUCCUUGAACGAUGUGGCCAUUCAUCCCAAGAGCAAGGACGUCUAUUUCACCGACACCAUCUAUGGUUACGUGCAGGAUUUCCGUCCCUCCCCGGGUCUACGGGACCAGGUCUACCGGUUGAACCCGAGUACUGGCGCUGUCACCGUAGUUGCGGACGACUUUGGCCAUCCUAAUGGCUUCACCUUCUCACCCGACGGCAAAUACGCCUAUGUCGCCGACACUGGUAUCAACUAUGGUUUUUACGGAAUGAACUUUACCCAGCCUGCUUCCAUCUACCGAUUCAAUGUCAACGAAGACGGUACUCUAGACAACCGCAAGAUUUUUGCAUUUGUGAGCCCCGGUGCUCCCGAUGGUGUGCACUGUGAUUCCAAGGGAAACGUCUACGCUGGAUGUGGCGAUGGAAUCCAUGUGUGGAAUCCAUCUGGCAAACUCAUUGGCAAGAUCUUCCUCGGAUCGACCACAGCCAAUUUCCAAUUUGUGGGAGAUGGUCGCAUGGUCAUCUGCGCUGAGACUGACCUGUACUAUGCGACAGUGGCUGCGGAUGGGAAUUAUGUGGAGAGUGAGAUGUAG